AUGGCGGGCCGCCCGCGAAGGCGCAGGUCAUCCUCGGCUCCAUCCGUUGAAAAUGGGCAAUCGCAUAUUCGGUACUCCAAAGAGUCGUCUAUGCUUAGAAAGGCUCCACAAGAUGUCCCAGUCGACGAAAUACCCUCCUACGUGCUGACGGACGCUUCAAUAUAUCAAAAAGAUGGCAAGUCGCUGGCCAACCCGCUCCUGAUUAACGUCCAAGGGCCUGUGAUGGUCCGCGGCUUUCUCGAAGAGGUCGAGGAAAAGUGGCAUCCUUACCUGGUCCGGUCGAGUGUGAAAUCUGGCUACAUCGAGAUCCCGCAUUCAGAGGAAUACUCCAUCAGCGACGGCCCGCUCGCUUUCUGGGUUACGGGAGCUUCCGGCUUUUUCGAGAUCCGGCCGUCCCGUAUAUACCAGCCCAUGUACGAUCAGAUGAUAGAAGCGAUUACUCUCUAUUACUCCGCUUUGGAAGUGUAUGAUGAAUACGAGAAACAGUGUGGACAGAAGAAGAAGAGGAACUGGCCAAGUCCGCCAACUUUAGACGAUAUCUUUCUCAGGUAUGCUGUCAGGGCCGGUGACGGCAUCCUGCGGGACGAAGUCGAGCCUCUGUGCCAUAAAUGGGCCGAGUUCAUGAUUGCCCAUUUCCCUAAGGAGGUCGACCUGGAUUGGGAACUCACCUAUUUCGCCAAAUGGCUGCGCGAUGCCCACCCGGACAUUGAGAAGAAAAUUCACGAUAUAGCGAAGGGUAUAAUCCCUCCUCAGCCUCCUCCAGAGACGCAGAACUCGGAUGAAAGCAGGGCCCUGCACAAGCGGGGAAGCACCACGGUCAAGAGGGGCGUAGAGAAGCGAGAUUCACGCAGUCCGCCGCCGAAAAUAUCCAUUCCAAGGAAGGCCAAAACCAGCGAAACUCCCAUACCGCUGCCAGAGAAGUAUAGGCAGCAUGUCCAGGCAACAAGUGUCAAAUCAUCCUCCGCGCCCAUCGAGACCUCACGGAGUACGCCCACAGAGACGCCGGCGGCAGGUGGCGAUGCCGACUCACCCGUGGACAGGCUGCUGGGGGCACUACAGGAGAUAUGCGAGGAAACUGACAUCAAGAAAAUCACGCAAUCCAAGCUGCACUCGAUGCUCUACUUCAAGUGCAGAAUCCCUCAAUAUAACGUGGCUAAAGACGUGACUUCCUUUUAUGCGAAAGAGCUCCUUCUCCGUCUAAGCCCCGAGUGGAAGGGCACUCCAUGGUACGAGUGGCUUAAAGAUGCCGCGACACAACCAUGGGUACCGGGCGAGUUGACGGCCGAGAUGGUCCCUAGUAUGACCAUCCGACGAACCAAAAUGAAAAAACAACAGCCGGAUCCUUCGAACAGACCCGCCGCGGAAUUACCCGCUUCUCUCAACAUCAAGGCAAGGACCAGAAGUGGGAUUCAAGAGGAAAGCGAAGGCGAGACGGACGACGAGGAUGUCACGGCGUUGCAGGCGCUGCCUCCGAUGCGCAGCCGCAGGUCCGGCAAAGCGGCCGGCUUACGCCUCGUCACAAGCGGCAAGAAACGGCCGCAUUCAGACAUGGACGAGCUGGUGGUCCAAAGCCGACGAGGUCGGAAAUCAGCCAAGACGAUCCAUCGCGAACGCGUUGACGACGAUGUCCAAGAAGACGCGAGCGAUGAUGAGGUCGCCGGAGACGAAGACUUGGACGUCGGCUCGAGUCUGCCUCCGCCCGAGGGCGCAGUCCGCCUUGUUGUUCACGCUGAGCGGCUCCCGUCGACGAACCCGACCGGACCAGAUGGGACCUGGACAUGCGAUCAGGAAGGGUGCACCUACGUGGUGCGGUCGGCGGACGACGAAGACGGGCAGCAACUGAUCCAGGAGCAUUUCCGCGAACACGAGGCGCAGGCUGCAAAGAUUAACCUCGCUCUUAAGGAGAGCCGAGGCCAUAUGCCGAUCAACCAUCUUCUCGACAAGAUCCAGGCUAUCGGCCGGGCUGCCUUGAAGAAGAAGCGGGGGACCCUCAACGGGAAGCCAGUUCCUGCUCCCGUAAAGCGGCGAUUGCUGAUCUAA